UAGGAAAGGAAAGACUAAUAAAUUCAACGCUCUCUUAGUAAGUCUUGUGAAGUCGUCUCUCUUUUUUUCUACCGCUAAUCGCUUUGGCUCCUUUUCUUUCGUAAUUUGUUAAAUCCAAAAUUGGCCAUUGCUCUUUCUCUGCUACUCCUGUUAUUCCCAAUGCCAGAAUAAUUCUGCUGGAAUUAUCAGGUUGAGUAUCUGAGGGAUGGGGACUUUUGAAAAAGAUGAGAUGCCGAUGUUAUCACCAUCAUUUCCGCAGUCUGAUGAAACUGAUGGCUUUCAAAAUCGACGUUUUACGUACAGGACAAGGAGUGCAUCUCUAUCAAUGCCAACGAGCUCUAUGGAUUCCUUUGAAAAUGAUAGUAGUUUUGUAGGCUAUACUGGUCCUUUGAGAAGUGAGAGGCGAACGUCAUUGGUUCAUAUGAGCGGGCCAUUAUAUAUUAGUCGCAAGCCUGAGAAUAGCUUUUGGCCCACUCCCGCUGCAGUAGUGCACAAACCAACUCUGCCUACAACAGAAAAAUAUCCUUCAAUUGGCAGUGCGGAACGAAAUGGUUGGCCUAAUAAUGACUACACUGGAAAAAAUGAACAUCUAUUGAAGUCUGGACAACUGGGUAUGUGCAGUGAUCCUUACUGCACAACAUGCCCAACCUAUUACCAUUUGAAACCACGGCAAAAAUAUUCAAAGUCUUCAGAUAUAAUAGAUCACAGGUUCCAUAAUAUGCUGUAUGGAGAUGCAAAAGGAUGGGCAAAGAGAACUUGUUCUUUCUUGCAUCCAUAUAUUCCUGGUGUCAUGAAUCCUCAUGCGAAGAUUGUCCAGAAGUGGAACAAAUUUUUUGUCAUCUCAUGCCUAUUUGCAGUAUUUAUAGAUCCCAUGUUCUUCUUUUUGCUUUAUGUCCAACAGGGGAACAAAUGUAUAGUGCUAAAUUGGCCCAUGACAACAACUAUUGUGAUUUUGAGGAGCAUCACUGAUAUCGUUUACUUAAUUCACAUCCUUCUUCAGUUCCGCUUAGCUUAUGUUGCUCCUGAAUCUAGGGUGGUAGGAGCAGGUGACCUGGUUGACAACCCUAAAAAGAUUGCUAUAAAUUAUCUUUCUGGAUACUUUGUCCUUGACUUCUUCGUCGUACUACCACUUCCUCAGAUCAUCAUAUUAUUGGUUUUGCCCAAGUCUAUUGGAUCAUCUGGGGCAAAUUACGCGAAGAAUCUAUUGAGGGCAGCUAUACUACUCCAGUACAUUCCUAGGUUGUACAGGUUUUUGCCUUUGCUAGCUGGCCAGUCUCCAAGUGGUUUUAUAUUUGAGUCGGCAUGGGCAAAUUUUGUUAUAAAUCUUCUCACUUUUGUUCUAUCGAGCCAUGUGGUGGGAUCAUGCUGGUAUCUUUUUGGUUUACAGAGGGUGAAUCAAUGCCUUCGAGAUGCUUGUCGUAGCUCAAACAUAGCAAGGUGUACGGAAUUCAUAGACUGUGGUCAUGGCACCGAUUACAGAAAGUUUCGGUCGGAUACAACAUGGGGCCAGUGGAAGAACAAUUCUGAUGCAGCUGCUUGUUUUACUAAUGGUGGUUUUGACUAUGGAAUCUAUGAACAAGCUGUUAAUCUAACAGCCGAAGGGAGUGUUGUCACAAGAUAUGUGUACUCAUUGUUUUGGGGCUUCCAGGUAUCUUAUCCCAGCAUUCAUGAUUGUGAGUGUACGAUUUGUAUUAAAAAAUGAAAUUUGUAUCACAUGCUCUAGUGGAUGUUGUUAAGUAGUUAGUCAUGUAUAGUGUCCCAUAUCGGGAAGUAGAUACCUAUUAUUAUGUAAUUACCCUAUAUAAAUAGGGCGUUGUACAACACUUUAGAUAAUCAAUUAUAUUUUUUCCCGUGCUUUCUCACAUGGUAUCAGAGCAAUUGUGAGAUAUUUAUCGCUGUGCAUAAAUUCCAGCGACUCCGGGAAGGAAAAAAAACAGCCUUUUUUCUGGCAAAUCAGGACCGUCCGCAGAAAAAAGUUCAUAUCCGUCGGUGUUGUGCAAAAACCAACACCACCACGAGGUAGAUCAGCUUCCGGCGACCAACACGUAAACAUUUCUCAGACAGACCUCCUCCCACGCGCCCUCACGCGCCGCCGGAAGAAUAUUUUCCAACGAGACUCCGACUUCAGGCGCCGGCGCGUGAGGCUUCUUCCGGCCAUUUUUUGGCCGAGCUUCUUCAGGACAGCCUGUUCGCACAGCAAUUUCGAGUCCACCAGUACUGUUUCCGACAGAUUCCGACAACUUUGAAAUUUUCCGGCUAGCUACGGUGUUUUCUGGUGAACAGUAACAGCGAAACAGUGAAAGUGAACAGUAGUUUCUCUUACAUUUUGGGAGUUAGCUAGGCCUCAUGGAGGUUGUUAGAAUUUUGGUAGUAACAAAAUUGGAACCGACACUUUGAAAGGUUGGAUGGUUUCUUUAGCGCAUUAUAUUGAGUUCCUUCAGUACAAAGCAUGUAAGCAGACAUCUUCUGAGAUAGUUUCUGUUGUUCAAACUGGUAAUAGCGUGACUUGUGUCUCCCAAUCUUCAUCCUCCGAGUCGUGGGUCAUUGAUUCAGGUGCAUCUGAUCAUAUUUCUUUCUUAAACCAUGGCAACUGCAAUAGAUCAAGCAAGUCCACUUCCUUCCUUACCUUUAGAUUCAGUUCUUUAUGUUCCCAGUAGUCCUUUUAAUAUCAUAGCCGUUCGUCGCUUAGCCAAAUCACUUAAAUACGCUGUUUUAUUUCUUGAUGACCUUGUUUUUAUACAGGAACACAGUACGGGGC